GCAGGCGCAUUCGCAUUUAGCAGCGUUGCUAGGUUACACUGGUUCUGCGUAGGAAGAUUCUAAGUCGUUGGGCUUAGUCCCUGAGACAUUGAGGCGAGGCCCACUUGCCUUAUUGCUGGCGCGGGAGUGUAUCGCACUAGAGGCGGUGAAACCUGUGUCACUGAAGCCUGUCGGCUUCAUUAUGAAAAAGAGAUCUACAGCGCGGAAUGGGUGGGGCCUGCUGCGCUUCGGCUUCAACCUCAGGCCUCUGAGGGUCAGGUCGCCGCCUAUGACUAUGACUGUUGACAGCUUCCACAGCCCCGGUCCCGGAUACCACAUCAGAUAUCAAGAUCUCCGGGGAAUCCACAGAGCUGUGAUUGAGGGCGAUACAGAAAAAAUGCAGGAGAUACAGCAGUUGCUGGUUUUUGGUUUACAUGACUUAAAUAAAAGGGACAGGAAGAACAGGACGGCUCUCCACUUGGCGUGUGCCAUUGGGAGUGUAGAUAUGGUGAAGAUCCUGGUACUUUCUCAAUGCCAGCUAAACCUCCGUGAUGGAGAAAACAGGACAGCUCUCGUGAAGGCUGUACAAUGCCAAGAAGAGGCAUGUGUAGAUAUUCUUCUCAGAAAAGGUGCUGAUGUAAAUACUAAGGAUUUCAAGGACAACACCGCUCUCCAUUAUGCGGCCUAUGAGGGAAAUAUCUCAAUAGCACGCAAGCUGCUUUUGAAUAAAGGAGAUAUAGAGGCCAAAAACAAGGAUGGCCUCACACCGCUUCUAGUUGCUGUAAAUGAAAAAAAGAGAAAA